CCAAAUCAUUCCUCAUCGCUCAGUCGCUCACAAAAAGCAUCCACCACUACCACCAUUAGCUCGGCUGCAGAGAAGGAGAGGAGAUGGGCUCCACCGCCGACGAGGAAGCGUGCAUGUUCGCUCUCCAGCUCGGCUCAUCAUCGAUCCUCCCGAUGACGCUCAAGAACGCCAUCGAGCUGGGCCUCUUGGACACCCUGGUGGCCGCUGACGGCAAGCUGCUGAGCCCCGCCGAGCUGGCUGCCAAGCUCCCGUCCACAGCGAACCCAGCCGCGCCGGAUAUGGUGGACCGCAUGCUGCGGCUGCUGGCCUCGUACAAGGUGGUGUCGUGCACCCUGGAGGAGGACAAGGACGGCCGCCUCUCCCGGCGGUACGGCGCCGAGCCUGUGUGCAAGUUCCUUACCCCCAACGAGGAGGGUGUCUCCAUGGCGCCGCUCGCGCUCAUGAAUCAGGACAAGGUCCUCAUGGAGAGCUGGUACUAUCUGAAGGACGCUGUACUUGACGGCGGCAUCCCGUUCAACAAGGCGUACGGGAUGUCGGCAUUCGAGUACCAUGGCACGGACCCGCGUUUCAACCGCGUCUUUAACGAAGGGAUGAAGAACCAUUCCAUCAUCAUCACCAAGAAGCUCCUUGAAUUGUACAAGGGCUUCAAUGGCGUCGGCACCCUCGUGGACGUGGGAGGCGGCAUAGGCGCCACCGUCGGCGCCAUCACCGCCCACUAUCCCACCAUAAAAGGCAUCAACUUCGACCUUUCCCACGUCAUCUCCGAGGCUCCGCCAUUCCCGUGUGUCACCCACGUUGGCGGAGACAUGUUCCAAAAGAUUCCCUCGGGGGACACCAUCCUCAUGAAGUGGAUCCUCCACGACUGGAGCGACGAGCACUGUGCAACGCUGCUUAAGAACUGCUACGACGCGCUGCCGACGCACGGCAAGGUAAUGCUCGUGGAGUGCAUCUUGCCGGUGAACCCGGAAGCCACGCCUGAGGCGCAAGGGGGGUUCCAUCUCGAUAUGAUCAUGCUAGCACACAAUCCGGGUGGCAAGGAGAGGUACGAGAGGGAGUUCGAAGCCCUGGCCAAGGGUGCCGGGUUCGGAGCCAUGAAGACCACUUACAUCUACGCCAACACAUGGGUCAUCGAGUUCACUAAGUAGAUGCAUGACAACGUCCACCGAUAUCUUGCUCAUUGUCGCUCCUAAAUAUGCACUAUCUUUCGUUUUUCCUUAUAUUAUGUCUUCGUUAACUUUAUUAUGCUCUGAAUCAUUCCAAAUACUAUUGUUUGUGUCCUCGAUUUGUUCGAAAUAUACUAUUAUAAAGCUUCUUAAUGGUGGCAUAUAUGAUAGAUCCUGCAAUGACAUGUUUUCUCUC